GUACUGCAGAGGAGAUUCAGAUUCAUUUAACUCAAAUAUAGGGACUUCAGAACUAGAACCAGAACCAGAACUAGAACGGUUUUCCUUUGUCUGUCCCGCCCGGGACCUUUACGGUUUUACAGCAGCAGAGCGUAGAUAAGUGAAGAGAAUAUACUAACGGCUACUGGCUGAGCUCAGAAGAAGCUGCGCAUGCGCCCUGGGCUCUCACUUUAACUACAGGGCUAAAGCAAGCGGCUAAGUAAAGCUAACAGCGAAGCUAACAUGGAGGUGAUCGUCAGCUCUCCGAGAUUCAGCUUUUCUUCCUGGGUGUUUCCGGACGGGUCUCCGGUCAGAGAGGUGCUGACCCGGUUCUUACAACAACAGGGACUUUCUUCAUCUGCAGAUUUCUACGUGCACAGUAAUGGACGCCUGUCUGAGCUGGAGGACCCCCUGCAGGCGGGGGCCGUCUAUCACCUGGAGCCCCGCCUCUGUGGGGGCAAAGGAGGGUUCGGUUCGAUGCUGCGAGCUCUCGGCGCUCAGAUCGAGAAGACGACGAACCGCGAGGCGUGCAGAGACCUGAGCGGACGCCGCCUCCGAGACGUGAACCACGAGAAGGAGAUGGCAGAGUGGCUGAAGAAGCAGACGGAGCGCGAGGCUGAGAAGGAGCAGAAGCGUCUGGAUCGUCUCCAGAGGAAACUAGCCGAGCCCAGACACCAGUUCACCGACCCGGACUAUCAGAAGCAGAGCCACGAGCUGCAGGAGCGGCUGGAGGACUCCGUCAUGAAGGGUCUGCAGGCGUCCUCCAGCACGCAGGUGAGGGCGGACGAGGGGUCGGCAGCGAAGAGGCCGAGCGGCGAGGAGAGCGAGCAGCCGCUGAGGAAGAAGCAGAAGAAGGCAGCGUUCUGGACGGGUCUCGACGAGAUGAUGAGCUCUGAGGAUGAUGAAGAUGAUGAUGAUGAAGAGUCUCUGUCCUCCAGCUGUGGAGCCUCUGCAGUGAUGAUGAAACAGAGACGGGUGGAGCAGAGCAGCAGCUCCUCCGACUGCAGCUCGUCCUCCACUGAUCAAACCAGCAGAGAGCCUCAGGGAACCAGUAGAGAGCCUCAGGGAACCAGUAAAGAGCCUCAGGGAACCAGUAGAGAGAAUAAGGGAACCAGCAGAGAGCCUCAAUCUGAGGGAACCAGCAGAGAGUCUCAGUCUGAGGGAACCAGCAGAGAGAACAAGGGAACCAGCAGAGAGCCUCAAUCUGAGGGAACCAGCAAAGAACCUCAAUCUGAGGGAACCAGCAGAGAGCCUCAAUCUGAGGGAACCAGCAGAGAGAACAAGGGAACCAGCAGAGAGCCUCAGUCUGAGGGAACCAGCAAAGAACCUCAAUCUGAGGGAACCAGCAGAGAGCCUCAAUCUGAGGGAACCAGCAGAGAGCCUCAAUCUGAGGGAACCAGCAGAGAGCCUCAAUCUGAGGGAACCAGCAGAGAGCCUCAGUCUGAGGGAACCAGCAGAGAGAACAAGGGAACCAGCAGAGAGAACAAGGGAACCAGCAGAGAGCCUCAAUCUGAGGGAACCAGCAGAGAGCCUCAAUCUGAGGGAACCAGCAGAGAGCCUCAGUCUGAGGGAACCAGCAGAGAGAACAAGGGAACCAGCAGAGAGCCUCCUGCAGAGUCUCAGCAGGUGGACCUGUCCUCGCUGUCCUGCGUGUCCCAGCUGGAGGCUCUGGGUCUGGCCCGUCUGAAGCAGGAACUGAUGUCUCGUGGUCUGAAGUGCGGGGGAACUCUUAGUGAACGCGCAGCGCGACUCUUCUCCGUCAGAGCGCUGAAACCCGAGGACGUCCCGGCGGCGCUGCUUGCCAAGAACAGGAAGUGAUGUCACUCGGACACGCCUCUAUAACAGGAAGUGAUGUCACUCGGACACGCCUCUAUAACCUGGGAAAUGCUUUCUGUCCAUCUGAGUUUCGAUGUCUUGUUAUUGAAUUUUUAUUUUGUCUUCUCUCACAUCGUUUGAUCUGAAACUUUAUGAAUACAUCUAUUUUUUUUUUAUCAGCAGAAAGUAGGAUCUUCUUUACCUGUUGUUGAAUAUGUCCGGUUUUAGUUUAUUACAUUCAGAUCUGAGUCCUGUUGUUCUGGAAUAUGUAACAUUUACAUUUCUAAUAAAACGUUUCUGUAACUAAAAACGUGUCUUUCGUUU